AUGUCUUCUCCGUUUGCCUCUUCAGCAUUAUUUAAGCCAAUCCGAGUGGGGAAUCAACAACUUGAUCAUCGGAUAGUCCUUUGUCCACUUAAUCGACGCCGCUGCGACAACGAAUAUGCACCUACUGACUCAAUGAUUGAAUACUACCGUCAACGGGCCACACCGAACGCAUUGGUCAUCAUGGAAGCAACCAUGAUUUCUGCAGAUGCUGGUGCUUAUCCACAUGCGCCAGGUAUUUAUUCAACGCAUCAGAUCCAACAAUGGCGCAAAGUGACAGACGCGGUCCACGAGAAGCCGGGCGCAACUGCUUUCUUGCAAAUCCGACAUGCAGGUAGAGCCUCGACAACCCAAUUUUUACCAGGCGCUCAUCCUCGUCUGGUUUCUGCUUCUGCGGUACCCGUGCCUGGCAAGAAUGAACUCGGCAACGAUUAUGAAAUACCUCAGGAACUUACCGUGGACGAAAUUAACAAGAUUGUAAACGACUUUAGCCGGGCGGCUAGAAACGCAGUCGAAGAAGCUGGGUUUGACGGUGUCGAGAUUCAUGGUGCUAAUGGAUAUUUGAUUGACCAGUUCAUUAAUACAUCGUGUAAUAAGCGAGCAGAUGCAUAUGGUGGCUCCAUUGAGCAUCGUUCACGAUUUUGUUUGCAGGUGGUUGAUGCUGUGGUGGCUGCCAUAGGUGUUGAGAAAACGGCCAUUCGAUUCUCGCCUUGGUCCGAGUUUUUGGGAAUGGAGGAUGCGACACCGUAUGAAACAUGGUCAUAUCUUGUCAGCCAACUUGAACAACAGCAUCCUAACAUGGCAUACAUUCACUUUAUUGAACCACGCGAUGAUUUCUCACGCAAGACUAAAAAUGAUACCCAGAACUCUUUGGAUCCUUUUCGCAAGCUAUGGUCGGGUCCAUUUAUCAGUGCUGGUGGAUACACGACUAAGCCUGAACUUGCUGCACAAGUCGCUGAUUCAACCAACAACCUUAUUGCGUUUGGCCGAUCGUUUAUUGCUAAUCCGGAUCUCGUUGAACGUCUCAAACAUAACUGGCCGCUCAACAAGUACAACCGCGAAACUUUUUAUAAAGGUGGCGAUACGGGCUAUAUUGACUAUCCGUUUUAUGAAUCUACAACAGCACGCGGGAGCCAAAAGCUUGAAUAA